UGGCACUGGACCCAUCCGACUCAUCUCCAUACCCGAUGAGCUAGAGCCCCGUGCAGAACUUGGUCCGCUCACUUAGUCCAUACUAUGCUCAAUGCCUAAUGCAGUUGAAAAGCUCAUAAAGCAUAUUGCAAGUGUAGAAUGUAAAAUACAUUGCGCAAUAGCCGACGUGAGCAUGGGGUGGGCACUAGAUGUGGCUGAAAGGCUCGGCAUAGAACGAGCUGCAGUGUGGCCUGCAGCAGCUGGUGCCUAUGUGACCCGAGGGACGUUCCUAGGCUUCAUGUUGAAGAUCCUGCAGAAAACAAAGCCACCUUUCAAGUUUCAAUAUACCAGCCGAUGCAUGGAGAACGUCAAAGGUGUCAAAUGGAUCGUGUGCAACUCUUUCUACAAAGUUGAAUCCUCAACCUAUGACUCUUUCCCUGACAUCCUACCUAUUGGUCCCCUAUUCUCAAGUGGUCAUCACAGGGAACCAACUUCCUUUUGGACAGAGGAUGAAACCACUCUUGAGUGGCUUACGCAACAGCGUGAAUGUUCAGUCAUCCAUGUGUCAUUCGGGAGCUUCACCCUCUUUGAUAAACAUCAAUUUCAAGAGCUUUAUCUUGCACUCGAGAGUUUGGGUAGGCCAUUCCUAUGGGCAGCUCGCCCUGGCCUUGUCGACAAGUCAGAAGCAGCUUACCCUAAGGGAUUCUUAGAUAGGGUGGGGGUCUGGUGCCCACAAAAGGAGGUGUUGGCCCAUCCCUCUAUAGCUUGUUUUGUGACCCACUGUGGUUGGAACUCAACAUUAGAGGGGUUGAGCAAUGGUGUGCCCUUGAUAUGCUGGCCUUAUUUUACAGACCAAUUUUUCAACAGGAGUUAAUGAGAAUGGGAUUUUCUCUACAAAUGAGAUAAGAAGAAAGGUAGAGGAAGUGUUGGGCGAUGACGCAAUGAGACAUAGGUUUCGAAACUCAAGGAGCAAGCCAUUCAGAGUGCCGCUAAGGGAUCUUCUAUGAAGAACCUCACCAGUUUUAUUGAAGCGAUGAAAGGAAAGCUGUGAUUCUUUUCCAUUCUGUGAAUGCGUGGAUCCUUCACCUCCAUCUCCUUAGCACCACCAUCGUCAUUGUUGUCAUCAUCAUCAUUAAUAUUAUCAUUUACUAAAUAUGCCUUAACCAGAAUCUUCUCUCCAAUAUUCAAAAUACAACAUUUUAAUAAUGGAUUACACCUCACCUUCUAGUUUCCUUGAACAAAGCUUUUACCCAAAUCACAGCAUCCACCUUAUCCAUUACAGAAAAAUUAUAAAUUGCGCUAGCAACGUCGUGAUAUAGUUCAGAAUUUUAUCAGAUGCAAGUGUUUGCACGUCCCCAGUAUGCUAUAUAAAACC